AUGGAUGAAAUUCUUGAAGAACUCAACCUGUCAUCACUGAAAAAGAACUUUCAGGACAACAAGGUUGAUCCUACAGACGUGCUGUCUUUGACUGAGGAGGACUUUAGAAGUCUUGGCGUGCAGACAAUUGGGGAAAGAGCACGAUUAAGACAGAGGUGCAAGAAUUUAGUUUCCGAGUCUAUGUCAGAAUCACCAGUUGUUCAACGUCUCCGGAUGUUUCAGUCUCAACGUAGACAACGGGUGAGUUGGAGAGGUCCAAACUCUGCUGCAUCACGAUCGACAACCAGACGACUACAUAUCGGUUGGAAACAUAAAUCUCGAAGCACGUACACCCUGGUUAGUGCAGGCAAGGGUGGCGGUUCUCAGACUUUUGAUGCAGAUAAAAAUCUGACUUUAACAGACCUUGAAAAUAAGGUCAUAAGCAUUUAUUUUCCAAGUGGUGUAAACCAAAGCCAAAACCUUGAGAUCUCUAACCUGACGUAUCACUUGGCUCACUUUAACGGAAAAAAGCUUCCGAACAAGAUCAAUAACGAAGAUUUUACCGUAGAUUUGCUGUAUACGCACAGAAAGUCCUACCCAAUUAGGAUAUAUCUGCACACAUCACCGGUUGAAGAGCAGACUGUCGAGGAGGGCUGCCCAGGAGAUGAGGAGCCUGAUGCGGUUGCGAUAGAUAAUACCUCAGUGGUGAUGGAUAUUGAUGAGAGUACGUCAGAUGACGGAGAUGAGCUCCUUCACUGGAUACUCCGAGAGCACACAGAGCGUGGGCACAGUCAAGACGAGAUUGCCAUCACUGAUGAAGAUCUGGAGCAGCCAACUGAAAGAGAAGUAUCUGAUGAGAGUGUCCACAACAUACUUCUGAGACUCAACGGCUGCACGAAUGUGGGUCGCUAUAACCUGGUAAACGUCACACGGGAUAACGUCCUCCCAGGAGCCUUGAGGGCGUUCAACAGAGCGUCAUUUAAUGCCACCAACCAGCUCUCCUUGAUCUAAACUACCCAGUUAUCUUUUGAGAUGGCGUAUCAGGUAUCGGUUCCAUGCUUGGAUUAUAUACUUAUUCACAAUACAAUGGUGGAGGAAUAGACAUGUGUGCACCUAACAAAACAAACACUUCCUUGCUUAGAUGUUUAAUCUUAGCUGAAUGUUGUGGAGCAUGUAUAGGCUUCCUCCAAUAUCCUGUCACCAUCACAUCCUGGCUUACAGGGGCGGUGGGUAGCCUAGUGGUUAAAGCACUGGCUCGUCAC